AUGUGCCAGUUAAGAUCGCAGCAGCAGCAGCAGAGAGAACGGCUGGGGCUGCUUGGCGGCCCUCCGAGUUUGCAUCAGCAGCAGCCACAGCACACCACUAGCAGCACAAACAGCAACACAACCACUAGCAGCAGCGCACCCAGCAGCAGCAGCAGCGGCAGCGCACCCAGCAGCAGCAGCAGCAGCAGCAGCAGCAGUGCGUGGUGUGGGUUACUGUGCAGCUCCCCAGUGCCCACGUGGCUGCGCUCUUACAUAGCAGCACAUUCGCUGCCUUCUACAAUGGAGGCCCUUCGAGAGAAUGCUUUGCGGCUGGUGGCUUCUUCGGGGAGGGUACUGGACCCGGGGGCCCUCAGGGGCCCCCAGGGGGCCCCCCUGACUGCGCAGCAGCUGGCACUUCUUGACCAGCAAUUCCAAAUCCACAGUCCCCAGUGGCGGAGGCCCCAAGAAGGGGCCCCCCAGGGCUCAGGGGGGCCCCUCAAAGGGCCCCCGGCCCGGCAAGUCCCUGUUGAGAGGCACCUGCAGCUGCUGGAGCAGCAGCAGGAACUGCAGCAGCAGCAGCAACAGCAGGACCUGCAGCAGCAACAGCAGUUGGAGCUGCAGCAGCUGCAGCCCUCUGGGGCCACCGCAGAGGCCGCGGAUGCCGGUGCCGCAUCAGCCCCUGCAGCAGUAGCAGCAGCAGAAGCAGCAGACGAGGUCAAGCAGCUCGUGCUGCACGGAAGUCUCAGAGGAGCCUCUUGUCGUGUUCAGCGAGCUGCUGUACCCCUUAGGCUGGGGGGCCCCUACGAAGUGACUCUGGGGGCCCCUCCAGCUGCUGGUGCAGCAGAGGCUGCCGGAGCAGGAGCUGCUUCUUGGGCGCUUCGCUGGCUGCUGCCGCUGCAGCAGCAGUGGGGCCCCCCUGCAGCAGCACGGUGGGCCCUUAGGGGGGCCUUGCGUCUCUUGGGGCCCAAGAAACUGGGGCCCCCCUGCAGCUGCAGCGGAGCGGGGCAGGGGGCCCCCCUGGCGUGGCCACAGGGGGGCCCCCAGAGUCCCCCCUGUGACUUGUGUCUGUUUUCGGGGCCCCCCUGGGGCCCCCGGCUCUGA